CACCACUUUCCCUAGGACGUCUCUUCCUCCUGAUGACAGCAGCGUACAGCAGAGCUUCACUGGAGCUCUGUUUGUUUGGUUAACGACAAGUAAGUUGUGGUUGCAGACCGGCGGUGUUUUAACUUCUAUCAGUAACGUUACAUGCAUGAACAUAGCACGACAAGUCCUGAAUUGCUCCAAGUUUGCAUGUCAUUCAUCUACGAUAAACUGCAGGAGGAGGUUUUGUACUUCACAGUAUAUAAUGACAUCCCGGCACACACACACCAAAAGAAUCCAGGGACUGGACAAGAAUGUCUGGGUGGUGUUUACGUCAGUGGCAGCAGAUCCAUCCAUUGUUAACUUGGGCCAAGGCUAUCCAGACAUCCCUCCACCUUCUUACGUCAAGGAAGCACUAGCAGAGGCUGCAUCAGUGGACAGGAUGAACCAGUACACCAGGGGCUUUGGUCAUCCAUCUUUGGUGAAGGCCCUUUCUCAGGUUUAUGGGAAGGUCCAUGGGUGCCAGAUUGACCCCUUCAAAGAAAUCCUGGUCACAGUAGGAGGUUAUGGUUCCUUAUUCAGCACCAUGCAAGGACUGGUGGAAGAGGGAGAUGAGGUCAUCAUAAUAGAACCUUUCUUCGAUUGUUAUGUACCAAUGGUGCGCAUGGCAGGGGCCAAGCCUGUGUUGAUACCGUUACGCCUUAAGUCUGGAAAUAAGACCAUCACAAGUGCAGACUGGUUUCUCGACCCAGAUGAGCUUUCCAGUAAAUUCAACUCUAAGACAAAGGCCAUCAUCAUCAACACACCCAACAAUCCCAUUGGGAAGGUUUUCACCAGAGAUGAGCUGCAGAUGAUCGCCGACCUCUGUAUUAAACAUGACACUCUGUGCUUCAGUGAUGAGGUUUAUGAGUGGCUCGUCUACAGGGGACACCAACACAUCAAAAUUGCCACUCUGCCUGGAAUGUGGGAUAGGACAAUCACUAUCGGCAGUGCAGGGAAAACAUUUAGUGUUACUGGAUGGAAGCUUGGUUGGUCUAUAGGACCUGAGCACUUGAUAAAGCAUCUUCAGACCGUCAUGCAGAAUACUCUGUACACCUGCCCGACACCUUUACAGGAGGCUGUGGCGCAAGGUUUGAUGCGGAACUUUGAGCUGAUGGAUCAGCCCGAGUGCUACUUCUCCUCCCUGGCAGAAGAACUUGAGGGCAAGAGGGACCGUAUGGCUGCCAUCCUGCAAGAGGCUGGUAUGACUCCCGUCAUCCCGGAGGGAGGCUACUUCAUGCUCGCGGAUGUCACAUCUCUCAAUCAGGACCUGUCACAUAUGGUCGGGGAUGAAGCCUACGACUACAAGUUUGUGCAGUGGAUGAUUAAAGAAAAGAAAUUGGCAGCCAUUCCAGUCACAGCAUUUGUUGGAGAUGAGUCCAAGAAGCAGUUUGAGAAAUAUAUUCGCCUUUGCUUCAUAAAGCAAGACAGUACUCUAGACGCAGCAGAGACCAUCCUGAAAAACUGGAAGAAGAUGUAAUGGGAUGCAGUGUCUGAAGAGUUGAGCGCGAUUUCAGGGAGGAGCAACAAUUCUGCGGUCCAACUGAGGGAAUGGGAUUUUGUUUUUUGGAAGAAUAUUUUUUUGGGCAUUUUAGAUCUUUAUUAUAUAGGACAGCUGAAGAUGUAAAAUGGGAUAGGGAGGGGGAAUCACGUGCAGCAAAGGGCUGCAGGUCGGAGCUGAACCUGCGGCCACUGCGACAAGGACUGAGCCUUUGUACAUGGGGCGCACGCUCUACCAGGUGAGCUAUCCAGGCGCCCCAAGGGAAUGGGAUUUGACUGUAAAAUUGCACAUUAGAAACCGGUAAAAUGUAGGUGAUCAGCUGCCGAUUGUUAUCAGCCCGAUUUUCAGUAUGUGAUCGGGAGUUCGGCAAUAAUGCUUAGCAUUUUUUUUAUGUAGAUUGGUGCGCCUAAUGUGG